CGUAUAAUAAACAACUAGUUCUAUGAAAAACCCUAUAUAUAUUCAACUUGUCUCUUCGUCCCUUGCAAGUACUCCAACAAAACAAACAUGACCUCCAUGGCCAUCCACAGCUUCAUGCUCCUUCUGCUAUUUGUCACAAUGCACCAAUCAUCAGCCGAGUCCAGUCCUUCUUCAUCUCCUUAUCCAACACCAUAUUCAUCUGUCAGAGCUGCGUAUUGGCCUUCGGGUAGUGACUUCUCCACCUCUUCCAUUAACACAAACUACUUCACCCACAUUUACUAUGCCUUCCUUGAGCCCGACCCUGCCGACUCUUUCCGGCUCAGCGUCACCGGAUCUGCCCAAACUGAGAUUACCAACUUCAUCAGCGGCCUCCGCAAUCGCAACCCUCCCGUCAAGACUCUCUUGUCCAUCGGAGGAGGAAGCAGCAACUCCUCCGCGUUCGCCGCCAUGGCGAGCACCCCUCAAAGUCGCUCCGUCUUCAUCAAAUCCACCAUCCAAGUGGCUCGCCACUACGGCUUCGAUGGUCUCGACCUCGACUGGGAGUUCCCGGACACCCCACAAGACAUGUCCAACCUCGCUCUCUUGUUCCAGGAAUGGUCCCGGGCCCUGGUUCUGGAUUCCAGAACUCAACGCAAGCCCCGCUUGCUUUUAACAGCCGCAGUGUACUACGCCAAUACCAUAAAGCUCAUCGGAAACCAAUCCAGGUCGUAUCCGGCCGAAGCAAUCCGCAAAUACUUGGACUGGGCUAGUCCCAUGAACUUCGAUUAUCACGGAGCCUGGUCUAACUUCACCGGGGUCAACGCCGCUCUCUUCGAUCCCAAGAGCAACAUAAGCACCCACUACGGGAUCGGGUCGUGGAUCCGGGCCGGUGUGCCCCCUUCUAAGCUCGUCAUGGGUUUACCGUUGUAUGGCCGGACGUGGAAGCUUGAGGAUCCGAAUGUUCAUGGGAUCGGGGCUCCUGCUGUUGGGCCAGCAACCGAUACUGAUGGGACCAUGGAUUACGACAGGAUUUUGGAAUUCAACAAGGAGAAUGGGGCAACUGUCGUUUAUGAUGGGCUCAGUGUGUCUUAUUACUCUUACGCCGGCACUUCUUGGAUCACAUAUGAUGAUGUCAGGUCCAUUAAAAGGAAAGUCCAGUUCGCUCGCUCAUUGGGCUUAAAUGGCUAUUUCUUUGGGCCGUUGAUAAGGACAUGGAUUGGGCCCUCUCCAGACAAGCUUCAAAUACAUGGCUUGGAGGGCACUAAGUUGCUGGCUAUUUAAGGAAAGCACAGAGCUUUUGGUGAUGCUCAGCCUUGAUCCACAGAGGGAAAGGUUGGAAUUGGACCAACUACCCAUUUUAAUCCAAACAUAGAUUCACCUGACAUUAGUGGUGGAUCAAAAUAAUGGUUGCCACCGUCCUGUUAUUGACUAUGGUAGUUUAUUUGCAAGUGUAGUGCUUUCCCAGCAUCAGAAAUAAAUUGAAUUUUUAUUA